AUGCAGAGAAGACACCCAGCUGGGACAUCCAGGAAUGAGAAAGUUUUCAACUGCUUAUACCCAAAGCCCAAUGCAGUUUUUAAGCUGAUUUGUUUUCCCUGGGCAGGAAGUGGCUCUACUUAUUUUGCCAAAUGGGGCCAAAACAUUUGUGAUACUCUGGAAGUCUCCUGUUUAAGACUUGCUGGAAGAGAAAGUCGACUGGAAGAACCUUUUGCAAAAGACAUCAACAAUGUAGUUGAGGAAAUUAUUCAUGCUCUGCUGCCAAUCAUCCGGGAUAAACCAUUUGCAUUUUUUGGCCACAGUUUGGGAUCCUACAUUGCUUUUAUGACUUCCCUGCACCUAAAAGAAAAAUAUAAGCUGGAGCCCAUGCACUUGUUUGUGUCAAGUAUGACUACCCCCCAUUCAAAGGCCUGGCCUAAAAUUCCCAAGCUUAACGAAUUGACAGAAGAAGAAAUAAACUCUUUGCUUAUAGAGUUUGGAGGCACCCCCAUGAGUUUUUUUGAUGAUGAACAACUUUUACAAGAAAGUAUUCCCAAACUGUUGGCAGAUAUUCAGCUUAUGAGCAGUCAUAGCUUUGACAAACUCUCUAAGGCCGUUCUUGCUUGUGACUUAACAUGUUUUGUUGGAUCUGAAGACGUAGUAAAGGAUGUAGAAGCCUGGAAAGAUAUGACCAACGGAACUGUUGAUAUUCACGUGCUGCCAGGAAAUCACUUUUAUCUUCUGGAACCUGACAAUGAAAACUUCAUCAAGAAUUACAUAACCAAGUGUCUAGAACUGUCAAUGCUUGCUGACUUUUAG